AUGGCUUCUAAUCCCUCACUGUUCACCACCUUCUUUCUUUUCAUUUGUACUACAUUGUUCUUGACCACAUCUACAAGUAGUAGUGAAAAUGUUACACUGUCUUUGUAUUAUGAAACUCUAUGCCCAUAUUGUGCAGAUUUCAUAGUGAAUCAUUUGGUUAAAGUCUUUGAUAAAGGACUCAUCUCCAUUGUCAAUCUCAGGUUGAUCCCUUGGGGCAAUGCUUUUAUCCAACCUGAUGGUAGCUUUGUCUGCCAGCAUGGUACAAAUGAAUGUUUCCUAAAUGCUAUUGAAGCCUGCACGAUAACCAUAUACCCUGAAGUGUACCGGCAUUUUAGAUUUAUACACUGUGUUGAGAAAAUGUCCUUGGAAAAAAAGAUCAAUGAGUGGGUUAAUUGUUUUGAUAUGAGUGGACUGGGCAAGGUACCAAUUGAUUGCUACACAAGUGGACAUGGGGAAGGGCUUGAAAGAAAAUAUGCAGCUGAAACAGCCCAACUUAAUCCACCACAUAGAUUUGUUCCAUGGGUGGUUGUAGAUAAUCAACCACUCCAAGAGGACUUUGAGAACUUUGUAAGCUAUGUCUGCAAAGCUUAUAAAGGGACUGAAAUGCCAGAGGCCUGCAAAUCACUUACUCUAGAGAACAAUUCAUUGCAGAAGGAAAAUCCGUUUAAAUCAGUUUGCUAUGUAGACCAAACUAGCAACCUGACAUCAUCAGCACCACCACCAGCAAUAAAAGCCUCGAGAUCAAGCCAUGCUUGA